UUUUUGUCCUUUGACAUAUUUAAUGCCUUUUGCAACUUAGUAACAGCAGUAAGCCUUGUUUUUCAGUUAUUUGCCCUUUGGUGGAGGACCGCGAAAAUGUGUAGGGGACAUGUUUGCUACAUUUGAGACUGUUGUUGCUGUUGCAAUGCUUGUUCGAAGAUUCAACUUUCAAAUCGCUCUUGGAGCACCUCCAGUUAAAAUGACAACAGGAGCAACGAUUCACACAACUGAAGGAUUGAAGAUGACAAUCACAAGAAGAACAAAACCUCCUAUAAUACCAAAUCUAGAUAUGCCAGCAGUGAAAGUGGAUGCACCUGUAAAUGUUUCCGGCGGGGAACCUCAGGUUGGUCAGAAAGUACGCAGGAACCGCAGAAAAAAUGGAAAUUAGUACGCAGGAGCCCCAAAGAGUCUUACCUCGGGUGCUUUGUCAGUACGGAAAGAUGAAGCAAAGCGACGUUGUUUCAACACAGUAUCCUCUUUCUCAGAUAUAAUAUAUAUGGCUAUUUCAUCAUUGUUCAGAACAACAAUAUAAAAGAUCGUUACAACAUUUUCCAUAGUAACCUCUUAUCGCCAUUGUCAAAAUAAACCUCCAUUGCCGCUUGUGUAGUUAAUAUAUCACGUGUAAAAGCCAAAGCCAGAAAACCAACUAGAAUUCCUAAGUAUGAAAAUUCCUGUAGUUUGUGUCAA